UAAUUCAGUUAGAGGUAUUUCCAUUCCUCCCCUAUCAUCUUCUUCACUAAACAAACCUCAACCAAUCAAAAUUACAUCAUCUGAUGAAGAACUAAACACCAAAACAAAAUUCCUUCACUUUGAUUUAUUAAUUUUUCAAUCAAUUGAAAAAAAAAUGGCGUUAUGCAGCCCACAGCUACAGAGAUUCCUGCUGAACAAGAUUCGCCGCAACUCCAGCUGUAAUAAUAAUAAUAAUAAUAAUAAUUCCAAUAAAACCACCAAAAACAACAUAGUAGUAAAGGGCGGAGAGGGGAGAAUACUCUGCUCCGCCAUUGCGAUAGACGGCGCGUCGCCUUCUUCGUUCAGAAGUGUGUCCGGUAUCCGAUGGGGGUCGGUUCAGCUUAAGGGGGCCCGCGAAGAGAUGGAGGAUGACGUCGUCGUCGUUCAGUCCGAUUCGCUCGACGGGUUUUCUUUCGCCGCUGUUUUCGAUGGCCAUGCCGGUUUCUCUUCUGUUCAAUUCCUCAGAGAUGAACUAUACAGAGAAUGUAUGGCUGCAUUACAAGGUGGGCAGCUCUUGAAAGGGAAGGAUUUUAACGCAAUCAAGAAAGCGUUGCAAGAGGCUUUCGAACGAGCCGACGAAAAACUCUCGAAAUGGCUUGAGUCGAACGGGGAAGAAGAAGAGUCAGGUUCAACAGCUACCGCCACAUUCCUCCGCGACGAUGUGCUUUUCGUUUCUCACGUCGGUGAUUCAUGCGUGGCUCUGUCACGCUCUGGGAAAGCCGAAAUCUUGACCGACUCGCAUCGGCCGUACGGAAACAAUAAAGCUUCUCUACAAGAAAUCAGGCGAAUUAGAGAGGCUGGUGGAUGGAUUGUCGAUGGAAGAAUCUGCGGGGACUUAUCUGUGUCACGUGCUUUUGGCGACGUGCGAUUUAAGACGAAGAAGAACGAGAUGGUGAGAAAAGGAGUCGAGGAAGGCCUAUGGACUGAAAAAUUUGCUUCUCGCAUAAAAUUUAAAGCGGACUUGGUUACUGCUACCCCCGAUGUUUUUCAAGUAGAGCUCGGAUCGGAUACCGAGUUUCUAGUGUUAGCAUCUGAUGGAUUGUGGGACUACAUUAAGAGCUCCGAUGCUAUCAACUUUAUCAGAAAUCACCUUCGAGAACACGGAGAUGUUCAGAUGGCUUCCGAAGCUCUUGCACAGAUGGCUCUGAACCGACGUUCACAAGAUAACAUCAGCAUUGUGAUAGCUGAUCUCGGGCGAACGGAUUGGCGAAAUUUACCGGUGCAGAAAGAAAAUUCGGUUUAUGAAUUUGGUCAAGCUCUAGCUACAAUCAGCUUAGUGACACUCGGAAUAUGGAUUUCGACUUUGCUCUCAUCGUGAACAAGCAAAUGUCCGACUAUAUAUAUAUAGUUGUAAAUAGCUUUGUAUAUUUGUUUUGCAUCCAAUUAUCAGCCGAUUCUCUCUGUAAAAAGACGACACGCUUAUAACGGCUUUGUAGUAUAGUUUUCGUUGUAAAGCAUCGUACUCCAUUUAAGUUCUCGUACAAUCUAUUACGUAAGAUUAAGUACUUGU